GAGGGGAGGUCAGGAAAUGGCCGCAUUCAUAGGAGGAGAGGACGAGGGCGGGUCCGGCCAAUGGGAGAACACGACAGGGGCGGGCUCGGCCUAGAGUGGCAAGCGACAGCAGUCACCUGAGCGGCGCUGGCCUGCGAAGGUGCUGCGCGGUCAUGGCGGCGGCGAGAUCCCGGACUGCUGAGCUUAAAGUGAUGGCCGGUGCGUCGGCGGCCCGGCCCCCGGCGUCAUCGCCAUCGUCGCCGCCGCCGCCGCCGCCGCCGCCGCAGCUGCUGCUACUGCUGCUGGCGCUGUUGCUUGCCGCCGCGGCCACCGCCGCGGAGCAGCAGGUGCCGCUGGUGCUCUGGUCGAGCUCUCGGGACUUGUGGGUCCCGCUGGAGAAUGCCCACGAAGGGCACAUCACCACGGAUGGCCAGCUGGCCUCCUACCUGGACCCGGCCCUGGAGAAGGGACCCCGAAACGUGCUGUUGUUCCUGCAGGAAAAGCUAAGCAUUGAAGACUUCACUACAUAUGGCGGUGUGUUCGGCAACAAGCAAGACAGUGCUUUCUCUAACCUGGAGAACACGCUGGACUUGGCUCCCUCUUCCUUGAUUCUGCCUUCGGUGGACUGGUAUGCAGCCAGCACCUUGACCUCUUACCUGAAGGAGAAGCUAGGAGCUAGCCCCCUCCAUGUAGACCAGGCCACCCUGAGGGAGCUGAAGCUCAAUGACAGCCUGCCUGCUCUCCUACUCCUGAGACUGCCAUACACGACCAGUUCCGGCUUGAUGGCCCCGAAAGAAGUGCUCACAGGCAAUGAUGAGAUUAUUGGGCAGGUGAUGAACACACUCAAGGCAGAAGGCGUACCCUAUACAGCCAUACUGACUGCUGUUCAGCCUUCCCGGGUGAUUCGGGACUUGUCGUCGAUGGUGUCUGGGGGUCUGGGGCGGCACCUCCUUGGAGAGAAUGAGGAUUUUAAGCCGGAGCCAUCCCCGUCCCUGCCCCUUCCACCAGUGAGCUACAAUGACACAGAGCCUCGAAUCCUCUUUUGGGCCCAGAAUUUCACGGUGACCUAUAACAAUGAGUUGAGGGACCUGACUGCACUCACCUUUGGAAACCCAGCCCUCAACCUGAGCAGCUCCAGCUGGAACAGCUCCUUUGCCCAGCUCGCCAUGACAUAUGAAAACGUCUUUGGCUCGUUCCUGACAAUCAAGCUCAUCCUGAACAAUCGCUUGUACCCCGUUUCGGCCCGGAGUUGGUUCACCAUGGACCGACUAGAAAUCCACGUCAACAACUCGGUGGUUGUCUUCAAUUCAUCCCACAUCACAGCACCCAGCAUCUAUUCCUUCCACUGCGAGUACGUCAGCACGGAACGGUCCAAGAAUAGCCUCCUGGUGGCUUUGCCCGGCUCCUCCGCCUGGCACGUGACGUUCCAGGAUUUCCAGAUUCAGGCCUUCAACCUGUCCGGUGGCAACUUCUCAUAUGCCAGCGACUGCGCCAGCUUCUUCUCCCCUGGCAUCUGGAUGGGGCUGGUCUCCUCCCUCAUCAUGCUCUUCAUCUUCACCUACGGGCUGCACAUGAUCCUCAACCUCAAGACCAUGGACCGCUUCGAUGACCACAAGGGGAGCACUCUCUCUGUGCCCCUGACCGAGUGACCCUUCCUUGGGCUCCCAGCCUCAGUAGCUAGCUAGGCCUCCCUGUACCUGCUUCCUCCCUCUCUCCAUGGAAACCAAAAGCAGACCCCAGGAGAAGGGCAGGCUCCCCUCCCCUCCCCCACGGUGUAUGUAUAAUAUAUGAAAAAGCCCCAAUUCCCCCCCCCCUAUUUAUUUCCCCAACAAGCCCUGCCCUCUGGACUAGCUACUUCGUGGGGGGUGGGGGGUGGGGGGGCCGAGCUUGGCCAACAUGGUCGUGUCCUUGUGUUGUGGUGGUCGCUUCUUAUGUCUUCGUGUCUUGCUCUUUGGCUGUGAUGAGAAAUAAAAUGGGAUGAGGCUUC